CCGGGAGAGAGGAGAGCAGGAACGAGAGCGGAGCGGAGCCCAGCGCAGUCCUCUAAGCCUCAGCUCCCGCAUCCCGCCAGGGGUUGCAGGUGUCUGGGAGGGCGAAAGAGUGAGGAAGGCAAAGAGAACUACAACCAAGAAGAGAAUGGACCACAGAGAGCCUGCCUGCCACAGACACAGCAGAGCCGUGGGCAGAUGGUGCGGGCCGCUGCCAUGACUGGGCUGUGCAGGCCCAAACACGAGCGCAGUUUCACCCGGUUAACGUGAUCAUGCCAAGGGUUCAAACUGUCCCAACAUGGCUUUCCUUGGACUCUUCUCUUUGCUGGCCCUGCACAGCCUGGCUGUAGGGGCCGCUUUCCCUGAUGAAACCAUUGCUGAGUUCUCAGUGAAUAUGUAUAAUCACCUUCGAGCCACUGGGGAAGAUGAAAAUAUUCUGUUCUCCCCAUUGAGCGUCACCCUUGCAAUGGGAAUGAUGGAGCUUGGGGCCCAAGGGUCUACCCUGAAAGAAAUCCGUCAUUCAAUGGGGUAUGACAGCCUGAAAAAUGGUGAAGAACUUGCUUUCUUGAAGGAUUUUUCUAACAUGGUAACUGCUGAAAAGAGCCAGUACGUGAUGAAAGUUGCCAAUUCCCUCUUUGUGCAAAAUGAAUUUCACAUCAAGGAUGAAUUUUUACAAAUGAUGAAAAAAUAUUUCAAUGCGGAAGUUAAUCGUGUGGACUUCGGUCAAAAUAUCGCUGUGGCCAACCAUAUCAAUAAGUGGGUGGAGAAUAACACAAAUAGUCUGUUGAAAGAUUUGGUAUCCCCAAGAGAUUUUGACACUGUCACUCAUCUGGCCCUCAUAAAUGCUGUCUAUUUCAAGGGUAACUGGAAGUCACAAUUUAGACCUGAAAAUACUAGAACCUUUUCCUUCACUAAAGAUGAUGAAAGUGAAGUCCAAAUUCCAAUGAUGUAUCAACAAGGAGAAUUUUAUUAUGGGGAAUUUAGUGAUGGCUCCAAUGAAGCUGGUGGUAUCUACCAAGUCCUAGAGAUACCGUAUGAGGGAGACGAGAUAAGCAUGAUGCUGGUAUUGUCCAGACAAGAAGUGCCACUGGCCACUCUGGAGCCACUGCUCAAAGCACAGCUGAUUGAAGAAUGGGCAAACUCUGUGAAGAAGCAGAAAGUGGAAGUGUACCUGCCCAGGUUCACAGUGGAACAGGAAAUUGAUUUAAAAGAUGUUUUGAAGGCUCUUGGAAUAACUGAAGUUUUCAUCAAAAGUGCAAAUUUGACAGCCUUAUCUGACAACAAAGAGAUGUUCCUUUCCAAAGCGGUUCACAAGUCCUUCCUGGAGGUUAACGAAGAAGGCGCGGAGGCCGCCGCCACCUCAGGAAUGAUCGCCAUUAGUAGGAUGGCUGUGCUGUAUCCUCAAGUUAUUGUCGACCAUCCGUUUUUCUUUCUUAUCAGGAACAGGAGAACAGGGACCAUCCUAUUCAUGGGACGAGUCAUGCAUCCUGAAACAAUGAACACAAAUGGACAUGAUUUCGAGGAGCUUUAAAUCAUUUCACUUGAAUAACAAGAAAAAUAGUAACUAAGCACAUUAUGUUUGCAAUUGGUAUAUAUUUAAGAUUUGUGCUUUACAGUAUAGCUUAAAAUAAUAUUUAAAAUAACUCCAGUUAAAAACAAUGUAUGUAAAUUAUAAACCAAUGUGUCGAGAAAUGUUAUCAGUAUUAUUGAGGUAAUAUUGAGGUAAUGGUCUUGUCCUGUCACUGUGUUUGUUGUGCUGGUGUUGAAAAUAAAAGUACAUCGUGAACAUGUGAA